AUUCUCAAGAACGUCAUCAAUGGAGGCUACUCUUUUCUCCUUACCCUCUUCUUCCUCUCACUCAUACCCAUUUUCCCUAAAAUCCCAUUUCAACAACCCUUUCAUAAUUCCAGCCAACACACAUUCCAAACAACUCAAACCAAAAUCAAGAACUCUAAUUAUCAGGUCAGCAAUAAGCAGAACCAAGAAAGAAGAAACAGUUGAAACAGUGAAACAACAACUUGAAGAUUGUUACCUUUUAGCUGGUAUCAGUUACAAGGGUUUAACUGUUAAGCAAUUUCAAGAACUCAGGUCUCAAUUACCUGAAACAUCAAAGCUUCUUGUUGCUAAGAAUACUUUGGUACUUAAAGCUAUUGAAGGGACUAAAUGGGAAGCAUUGAAACCUUGUAUGAAAGGUAUGAAUGCUUGGCUUUUUGUUCAUAGUGAGGAGAUUCCAGCUGCGUUAAAGCCUUAUAGGGCUUUUCAGAAGGAGAAGAAAUUGGAGGAAAAUGAUUUUACUGGUGGGGUUUUUGAAGGGAAGUUUUAUGGGCCUGAUGAGUUCAAGACACUCGAGAAUUUGCCUACAAGAGCAGAGAUUUAUGCACAACUUCUUGGGUCUUUGAAAGGACCGGCUUCGGCCGUUGUUGGGACUAUUCAGGCUCCAGCGAGGAAUUUGGUUAUGGUGCUUCAAGCUUAUGUAAAGAAAUUGGAGGAAGAAGGUGGAAGUCAAUAGUUUGUUGUAGUUCUUUGAAAUGGUAUGCUAAUGUUAUUGUCAAUUUGAUUCAAAAUUUGAAAUUUUCUGGAAGAUGGAAUUUUGUAAAUUCAUGUUUUGGUAGAAUGGUAAUUAAUCACUGCCUAUUUUCCUGA